CUAACCAUCAUCGCAUAGAAAAUUCAAAACUGCUCAGGUCACAGUAUGCAGAUCUAUGUUCAAACACGUGAUGGCAAGAGGACUCCCUUCAAGACCGGCCACUUUGGCACCGCGGGCGAACUGAAGAUCCGCAUCGGUCGCGCGCUGGGCGUCCCCAUGGGCUUCAGUCGAUUGGUCUUCAGGACAAAAAUACUGAAAAACAGCGUACAGCUCGAGGAAGCCGGUGUCAGGCCGCUGUCAACGCUGGAGCUCUAUUGGCAGCCGGUUAUCUGCACCCGGAAGAGGUUCAGCGAACUGGAGCUCAGCGGGGAAAUGAGCGUGCUGGAGGGUCGAACCGGUCACGGCGGCAGGUCGGAGAGCUAUGAUCAGAUGUUGAAGAAAGGCGGCACCACGACCAAGUCGAGGUCGAGCGGCCAGGACCCACGUCUUGGCCGUGCCAGAGGUCCAAAGUCCGCAGCCUCCACCGCCGCUCCCUCCGUUUCUGAGGUCGUGCUGGCGAGCCGCCCGGGAGCCGGCGUUGGGGAGCAGUCCCAGGAGGAUGAUGAGAAGGAGGUGGAAGAGUGCUCUGACCUAUCAGAUGAUGAGAUCGACUUAAUGGCCAUCUUCCGCCGGCAGAGGUCCGAUAUGAAAUCUUUUGACGAGCUACCCUUCAAGAAUGAGCCCCUGGACGAAAAUACUAGCUUGGGCAUUGUUCCGGAAAAGCUGGAGGAACGGCAGGAGCAAUGAGGACCUAGACAGAUCAAUGAUAAUCCUCCCUAAGCUACACCAAUCCAAGGGACGCUCGCUCUUAAGAAAAAUAAAGAAUGUUUCCAAAUUCUAAGUUUA